AUGAACAUAUAUCGGUCUGCUCUGAGUUGCGAUGAGAAGGAAUAUAAGAUUGCGAGGAUUCGUGCGAACACAUGGUAUUCCUACUUUUAUCCAAUACUGUUCCGAACAACUCCUAAUUUUCAACACAAUGGCAACAACCGCUCAUCAGCGUCUUGUUUCGGAAGUGGAAAAAAACGGGAGGACACGAUAGAAGCAAAAGAAAUGGUCAAUCAAACACUGAUGGGAAACGUCAUUCAAUACAUGAAGGACCUGGCUGAGAAUAAUUCGAAGGUCCUCGAGCUACAGGCCCAGCUCGCGAUUGAGCAAAGGACCAGACAAGGUCGCGAUACAGACAUGUCAAAACAAAUCGAAGACAUAAAAAGGGAAAGAAUCGAAACGCAAGCACAGAUCGAAGGGGAGCUGAGAUAUCUCCGCAAGGCACACGAGGACUGCCAGACUACAUUGGAAGCCGAAAAAAGAAAAGUAGAAGAUCUUAAAAGAAGGGAGGUCGAUAACAGAAAAAGACAUUCGGAAAACCUUCGGAAGCUCUGGGAGGAUGAAGAAAACCGAUUGGGAAGUGUUGGAGAUGAAGAAAGCAACCAAGUUGAGCAUUCGAGUGGUGCGACAGGGGAAGGAACCUCACACCAAGACGAGGAGAGAGUAGAGAAGCAGGAGAGUCGCAGGAAAAGAAGAAAGGCCGCCCAGUAG